GAUCAAUCUCUACGUAAAAAGCACGAACCUUUAAACCCGGUCCUGUUCUGUCCGCACACACAAAAGGCAUUAGAUUACCCUCUCUUUGUCCGUAUCCUCUCUCUCUCUCUCUCUUGAUAUGGGCAACGUGAACGCGAGAGACGAAGCCAACAACAGUACCCACAACAACAACAACAACGCAUCUCCGCUCGAAGACGGGUCUCGUCAACAACAACCCAUGUCCGGCGACACCGCACCUCCUCAUCCUGAGCUCAUGGGUCAAUCUCCUCCUCAAAGCCCUCGCGCUACUCAGUCUCCUCUCAUGUUUGCUCCUCAGGUUCCGGUGCUUCCUCUUCAAAGACCAGAUGAAAUCCACAUCCCAAACCCUUCGUGGAUGCAAUCUCCUUCCUACGAAGAGGCCUGUAACGAGCAAGGUAUCCCCACCAUGAUCACUUGGUGCCAUGGAGGCAAGGAGAUUGCUGUUGAAGGGUCUUGGGAUAAUUGGAAGACAAGGUGUUUACUUUUAGUCUUUUUCUGUUUUUUAUUUUUCUUCCAAAUCUCUCUCAUUGUUGUGUGUGUUUGUGUCAGAAGUCGGCUUCAGAGAUCUGGGAAAGACUUCACUAUAAUGAAAGUGUUGCCUUCAGGUGUCUAUGAGUACAGGUUCAUUGUUGAUGGUCAGUGGAGGCAUGCCCCUGAGCUCCCUUUAGCUCGUGAUGAUGCUGGCAACACUUACAACCUCUUAGACCUCCAGGACUAUGUUCCAGAAGACAUUGAAAGCAUAUCUGGUUUUGAGCCACCGCAAUCACCAGAGGCUAGUUACAGCAGCUUGCUUCUAGGAGCUGAGGACUACUCCAAAGAACCGCCACUGGUCCCACCGCACCUACAGAUGACACUGCUAAACUUGCCUCCAGCCAGCCCUGACAUUCCAUCUCCUUUGCCGAGACCUCAGCACGUCAUUCUCAACCAUCUCUACAUGCAGAAAGGCAAAAGCGGUCCAUCUGUGGUUGCUCUUGGUUCAACUCACCGUUUUCUGGCCAAGUAUGUUACUGUUGUGCUCUACAAGUCCCUGCAGAGGUGAGAGAAGAAUGAUAUAUGCCAGUUCCCAAAUUUGGUAAGUAUCUAAUUUGGGGUUUCAACUCAUGGAGAAUGGGUGAGGCUAUAAUAGGAUAUGCGACGAAGAAGAGUUUUAUCAUCACAGGCAAAAAGUAUUUUCCUUCUCAAUAAGCUCGAAUUUUGUUGUCUUUUAAAGUUGUCAAUAAGAUUUAGCAACAUAACGAAGAUGCAGUGUUGUUCUCUUAAGUGUCUGUCAGUGUAAUCAUUUGAUUUGAAGACUUUUAUCAUCUCUUCUGUUUUUCUUAGAAUAAUAAUUUAGAAAACAAGAAAAGGGAGUCAGACAUCACUUGUAAAACCAGCAAAUCUCUUUUUCGGUUUUGUUUUGUUGCUUUCAUGCUUUCACAAAUUAUUAUUG